UAUACAUGAUUGGGGAUAGUAACGUAACCGGAGAUCUUUCCUUGACGUAUUACAUCGGACGAGAAGUGGACACGGGACCAGGAGAGACUGGUCACGGAGCUUACUUUAAGGUGGACGGCGGAGUGAUAACACAAGAAUGGGAAGAGACAGGGCUGCCUCCAGAAACACAGUUUUAUAGAGUAACACAUAGCGCUCAUAACUCAUUAAGAGCUGGAAUUAAUCAAUCGAGUGGCGGAGAUGCACGUGUCGGUGCAUACCGAAUGUCCGUCGAUUACAAGGGAUGGACCGAGCGAAAUGUCAUGCUGAACGAGUUUCGCGGCGAUUCUAAUUCAGAGGUUUGGCCUGAAAAAUUAUCAAUUACGGUAGGGAUUGGUGAGACCGUCACUCUCGGCGUGUUAACGGAUCAGUCUGUAGUCACUUCAUUCUUGAGAUGGCGACUCAACGGAGGAAGUGAAAUCACCGAAUGGGAUGGACUGACAUCAGCUACCAUCUAUGACGUCAGGAAGUCAGAUGAAGGAAUCUACGAGUGCUACAUCGAGGGUAACAGAGAGACAGGAAAACAUGCUAUUCUUAAGCUCAUCGUAAGAAGUUGCCCAUCUUCCAAGUAUGGUCUGGAUUGCUCACAGAACUGUCCCGUAUGUUACGCUGGUGGUGUAUGUCAUGACGUCACGGGAGAAUGUGUAUGUCGAUCAGGAUUCACAGGAGUUAAUUGUGAAACAGCCUGUGGUGACAACAACUGGGGGAAAUCAUGUAGUGCGGUUUGCUCUAGUGAUAACCCCGGCUGCCCAAACCACUUAUUUUCACCGCCAAACCCUGUCGGGAUGGCUUGUUUCAACGGAUAUGGAGGAAACAGGUGUCAAACAGAGUGCUCAGGUGAUAGAUUUGGUGCUAAUUGUGAACUGGACUGUAACUGUGAUGGUACGUGCGACCGUGUGAAUGGAUGUGGAGGCACAUGUUCAGACAGCUACGAGGGUAACUUCUGUCAAGGCAGCAUCGUUUAA